AAACUGCAAUUUCAUUUCAUGGCGACACUAGAUUGGACUUCACCGUCCUCCUCCGUUGCCUCCACAAGCACUGGAUCUUCUAGUUACGAUGUGUUUCUCAACUUUAGGGGCAAAGAUACUCGCAAUAAUUUCACUGGUUUCCUUAACUUAGUUCUGAAAGACAGAGGAAUCAAUGUCUUUAUUGAUAGUGAAAAUUUGUGGACUGGAGAAGCCAUUGGCACUUCCCUCCUUAGAGCCAUCGAGGGCUCCAAAAUCUCUAUCCCUGUCUUCUCUAAAGAAUAUGCUCAUAGCAAAUGGUGUUUGAUGGAACUUAAUCAGAUAGUUCAUUGCUACAGAUCUAAGGGUCAAAUGAUCCUACCCAUUUUCUUCUUCGUUGAUCCUUCGCAUGUUCGGAAUCAAACAGGAAGUUUUGAAGAAUCAUUUCUGGAACACGAGAAGAAUUUCGAAUCCCCCAUUAUAGGGAGUUGGAGGGAAGCUUUGAAAGUGGUAGGGAAUUUGAAAGGAGUAGUUCUCGACGAAACUAAGAAACCAUCUGAAGCUUUGCCUGCUUUACGAGAUGCUUACACCCCUCCAAGAGGCUGGAACUCAUAUGACUCCUUUUCUUGGAUCAUUUCAGAAGAAGAGUUCCUAGCAAAUGCAAAAGUCAUUGCUAACAGUCUACUUGCUCAUGGAUAUAAGUAUGUUGUGGUUGAUUUCCUCUGGUAUAGAAGGAAUGUGAAUGGUUCUUCAGUUUCAUCACCUGGAUAUGAUGUGAUAGAUGAAUGGGGGAGGGUAAUCCCUGAUCCAGACAGAUGGCCUUCUUCUAAAGGUGGUAAAGGGUUUUCUGAAGUAGCCAAGCAAGUUCAUGCCAUGGGUUUAAAGUUUGGGAUUCAUGUCAUGAGGGGAAUAAGUACACAGGCAGUCAAUGCAAACACACCAAUCUUGGACAUCACAAAGGGAGGUCCUUAUGAGGAGUCUGGUAAACAAUUUAAGGCUCAUGAUAUAGUACGUGGAGACGGGGCUUGUUCUUGGAUGUCACACUGUUUCAUGCUUGUAGAUACAAAUUCAGGAGCUGGAAAAGCCUUUUUGAGGUCACUGUAUCACCAAUAUGCCGAAUGGGGCGUGGAUUUCGUAAAGCAUGAUUGCAUUUUUGGUGAUGACUUGGAUGUAGAUGAGAUAAGAACUGUGUCAGAGAUAUUGAGGGAGCUUGACCGCCCCAUCGUGUAUUCCAUCUCUCCAGGAACCCAUGCAACGCCUGCCAUGGCCAAGAAUGUAAAUAGUUUUGUGAACAUUUAUAGGAUAACAGGAGAUGAUUGGGAUAAAUGGGAAGACGUAGAAGCCCAUUUUGAUGUGGCAAGGGACUUUGCUAAUGCUGCCUUGCUAGGACCCAGGGGUUUACAGGGGAAGUCAUGGCCUGACUUAGAUAUGCUACCACUUGGGUGGGUUACUGAUCCAGGUGUCAAAGAAGGUCCACAUAGACUAUCUAAUCUCAGUCCAGAUGAGCAAAGAACUCAGGUGACUCUAUGGUCUAUGGCCAAAUCUCCUCUCAUGUUUGGGGGUGAUGUAAGGCAAAUUGACAUGAGCACAUACAAUCUCAUCACAAACCCUGUAUUAUUGGAAAUAAAUUCUUUUAGCAAAAACAACAUGGAGUUUCCUUUCAUCUUUGGCACAAAAGUUCAAAGUGACAAAGGGUUUCUCACCAUUCAAUCUACAAGUCCGAAGAAUGAAACAGUAUUGGAUACAGCUAAAGAUGCUAUACUUUCAGAUUAUGUUGCAACCAACAUUGCUCGAUCUUGGAUUGCAGUAGGAAGAAAAGGAGAGAUAUAUCUUUCCUUCUUCAACCUAAGCCCUGACAGAAUGGCAAUAUUUACAAAUAUAGCGGAAUUUCGUAAGAGGCUUCCUGGUAGAGACUGGGGCGACGCUUCAUGCAGAAUUAAGGAAAUAUUUAGUGGGAAAGAUUAUGGUUUAGUCAAAACAGUAUCACAAGUGGUUGAGACCCAUUCUUGUGCUUUAUUUGUGUUGAACUGUUAUUAA